AUGGUCGUCAAGCAGUCAAGCCGACAAGAUGAAGACCCUCUUGGUCUGCCGAUGAGUACGAGAAAGCCAGAGCAAGCACCGGCUUCAGCACCAGCCGAUGGCCCCCGACAGGUGGCGAAGACAGCUGAGAUAACAGCAGCAAUAACUCCAGCAAUCACUCCAGCUCCCAUGACAACUAGCUCUACCAUUCGAGAAGCCUACAAAUACAUCAGAAUUGGAACGCUGCCCAAGUAUAGCGAUGUGAGAGAGGAGGACGAUUUGAUCGACAUGAUCUACGUGGUCGUCGCGGAGAUUCAGCGAGAGCCCAAGCCUAUUCGAUAUCUCGCGGUACGGUCCUGGAACAUCAACGGCAUCCUGACAGGCAGCUAUACGAGGCCUCAAGUGCUCAACCAAUUGCAAGGCAUCGGACUGGCAGUAGAUCCUUUCUUCGCCACCCUGAAUCCGGCACAAAUGGAGAGCUCUCUGCUCCUUCCAUGGGACGAAGUCAACCCAAACGAAAGACCUCGAGAUGCUCCUGUCAAGCCGUUCCGUGCCAAGACGAUCACCACGCGACCUUGUGAUAUUCGGAAGCUGGAAGCGGGCGAAUGCACGGCUGUUGUCGACUUCGUGGACAUAGAUGGUGCCAUGAAUGGCUUAGAGCUGCGUGUAAACUAUCAAGUCGGCCUGCAAUCCACAGAAACCCUUCAGGAGGUCCGCGAUUUCUUUGGAGGUUCAAGAUUUGAGGCCCCGUUGGAGACAUCGCGCACUUUGGACGAAUUGGUCCAGGAUUUCAAGUGCCAAUUCCACAUAUAUGUGCUGCCUCAAGGAGCUGGGAAGAGGAUGCGCCGCUGGAAUGAUGUGAUGGGGUAUAAAUUUGGUGCAUAUCUCAAUGAAGACAUGUGGAAAGUCCAUAAGCAGAUGUUCAUACAGAUUGUCAUUAUGAGAGAGCGGAAGCUGAGAACGUCCAGGGAGUUGAGCAAGAUGUUGGCGGAACGGGAAAGAAACUAG